UGGAAAAAAAAAAAGAUAUAUAAAAAAUGGUCCUUCACAACCCUAACAACUGGCACUGGGUCAAUAAGGAUGCCUCACCCUGGGCCAAAGAAUACCUGAAGGAGAACCUCUGUGUCAUCAGCGCAGAAGAAAACGGCGUGACUGCAAAAGUAGAAAGCCUAUUGACCAUGGAUGGCGAUGUAGACGUUAGCCAGCGGAAGGGCAAGGUGAUCACCUUGUUUGAUGUCAAGCUGCAGCUGGAAUACCAAGGUAAGACCAAGGACGGUGAGUCCGUCAGUGGCACAAUCACCAUUCCUGAGGUAGCCCACGAUACCGAGGAAGACGAGUAUGUCUUUGAGAUUGAAAUCUACUCGGACUCUCCCUCCAAACAGCCCGUGAAGGACCUUGUGCGCUCCAAGAUCAUCCCGCAGCUGAGGCAGGCGCUGUUCAAACUCGCCCCGGCCUUGAUCGCCGAGCAUGGCAAGGAUAUCCAGCAUGCGCCGGGCUCCAACCCUUCUAGCGGAUUUGCUACCCCUACCUACCAUCCCCAGGCGACCAAGACCUCUGUCCCUGCCCCCUCAACCUCCACCUCCACUGCCGGCAAGGUUGCCGUCAACACCACGACGGUGUCUGCGUCGGACGAGUUCCGUACCACCGCCGAGGAGCUCUACACCACCUUCAUCGACCCCCAACGCAUCGCUGCCUUCACCCGUGCCCCACCCCGUCAGUUUGACGGAGCUCACGUCGGCGGAAAGUUCUCCAUCUUCGACGGCAACGUGACUGGCGAGUAUGAGAAGCUGGAGGCACCCACUCGUAUUGUUCAGAAGUGGCGUCUCGCCCAGUGGCCGGCGGGUCACUACAGCACCCUCGAGGUCAAAUUCCACCAGAACGACGUCGACGGCGUCACUCAGAUGCGUGUCACCUGGACCGGUGUGCCGGUGGGACAGGAAGACGUCACCAAGCAAAACUGGGACGUUUACUACGUCCGCAGUAUCAAGCAGACUUUCGGGUUUGGCACGAUUCUCUGAUAAUAUGUUAAAUAUGAAAAGAAAUGCGAAAUGAAUUUCUAAGGCUUGCCAUGUGCAAUGUUACAAAUGAUCUAUGAUAGAACAAUGAUAAUGAACAAUCUGUACCUGGUACAUGUUCGAGUUGCCCUGGCACUUGAUGAAAGG